CCGCUUUCCCACAAUCCUAUGCGGAGCACAGUGCAGGAAUUACAGACGACGGGGCCUAGUAAUGAGUUCCGUGUCACCAUGGGAACCCCGCACGGUUUACUUCUCGGUUGCUAAGUAACGCAACUAGAGGCUUGUGAGCGGGCUGCGUCUCCUGCCAGAAAAUGUCUGCUGAUCUACAAGAAGAAGAAAUGUCCCAUAAUGCAGUGGAAGAAGAUGUCCCACGUGAAGGUAAUGAAGAGGGAGAAGAAGCAAGUAAUGAAGAUCAGUUAAUGUCUCCAGCAUUAGGACCUCCUGAGGAACAGGAACAGCACCCUGAAGCCACUAUUGGAGAUUUCGAGGAGCAAGUAAAUGUAUGCAGAAGUGAAGAAGAUAGUCCUAAUGCUUCACAUGACAAAAUGUCUCACGAUAAAGAGCAGGAAGCCACUGAGGAUCUUACAGAUGAAGAUACUUCUCAAAGAGGAAAAGAUCAGUUCGAGGGUGGAAAUCCUGAGGAAGAAUCAUGCAAAAUGUCUGAUAACAACCUUACAGAAAGCCAAUGGUCAGGUGAAAGAAAUAAUUGUGUCUCAUUAUCUGAUGAUGUAAAUGACAAAGAAGAUGCACAAGAAAAAGCAGUCCUAGACGUCUCAGCCACUGAAGACUCACCUGUCUACACCGCCACUCCGAGGACUGUGUUCGAAGAUGAACAUCCCAUUUCUACAGAUAAACCUUUAAAUUUAGCCUGGUCUUUUGGCAUGAAUAGCAAUAUCCCGAUUUAUAAUCUUCACGAUGAAGAGCAUCAAGUGGCUGUUUAUGUAUGUGCCCAUACUGCUGUAAUCCAUGAUUUCACUCUGAACCGUCAGCGCCAUCUACAGGGUCACUGCAGCUGUAUUUCCUCUUUGUGUGUUAGUGAGGACAGACGAUGGAUUGCUACAGGGGACCAAGGGCCAGAAAGUCUCCUCAUUGUUUGGGACUCAUUUUCAGGAAUUCCUGUUCAUACCAUAUUUCAAAGUCAUCCUCAUGGGGGCGUAAUUGCCAUAGCUAUGUCUCGUAAUGCCAAGUACUUGGCGACUAUUGGAGGUGGUACAGUUCAGAAAGUCUGCAUUUGGGAUUGGACAACAGGGUCUGAAAUGCCUAUUUGUACAACUGAGCUGAAUUCACAGUUUGGCCUUCAGAAAUAUAUUAUAUUUAAUCCUGAAGACGAUGCACAACUGAUCACCAACAGUGAAACACAAGUCAUAUUUUAUUCCUGGGAUAAGUCUUGUCUGGAAUAUGUUGCACCUCCGUUGAACGAUGAGACAUUUAACAAAGCGGUGGGAACUUUCAGCCAAUCGGUUUUUGAUUUCAGCAAUGUACGAUCCUUGACAGCUACAUCUGCAGGGAAGCUGGUUGUCUGGGAGACCACCAAUACCCCACUGAUCAGAACAAAGUCUCCCAUAAAGCCACAUAAUAAGAAAGCUUUAAAGUUGAUGCAUCUGCAGAAAGAUGCCAUUACUGUGCUCACUACCCAUGACAGGUAUUAUGUUACUGGUGAUACUCGAGGACAUGUGAAAUUCUAUGACCAGCAACUGCAGCUUGUAAAUUGGUACAGCCAUCUUAAUCUGACACCUAUCUAUUCCAUGUCAUUCUCGAAAUCUCCCCCUAUAGCAGCAAGUGAGAAUACAAGAUAUCCUGAGGACUGUUCUAUCAAAGGGGAACAGUUUGCUAUCAGCAAUUUCAUUGUAUCCACAUCAGAUGGUAUGGUUCUGCACGUGUUUACUGAUGGUACAAUGCUGAAGAAAAUGUUGCAUGAGCCCAUUGAAGCCGUUCACGCGCUUGCCUGUCACCCAACCAUGACCCAGAUUGCUGUUGGAAGUUAUAAUGGAUUAUUGAAGGUCUGGGAUUACAAAGAUAGAAAAUGCUUCAUCAGUAGGAUCUUUGGAAAAGAUAAAUUCUUACAUUGCCUUGCUUAUGACCCUAAAGGUUUCUUUUUGGCAGCUGGAUUUACAGAUGGAAGUGUACAUAUUUUGGAUGCUGUGACACUAGAAGAUGAAACCAAAGAACCUUUCAAGUAUGCAAAAGGAUCAAUAACUCAUGUCACCUUCUCACAUAAUUCACAUUACCUUGCUACCGCAGAUCAAGAAUUCACAGUGACACUGUUUCAGCACAUAAAACAAAUUGAUGGAGGAAGAGCAUCCUGGGAAUACAUUGGCAGAUAUCGGAGUCACUAUAAACCUAUACAGAAUUUAAUUUUCGGCAUUCAUCUGGAUAGCAGUGAACCAAGGCUCAUGUCACUUGGGAUGGAUCGGAUGUUGGUGGAAUAUGAUCUUAUGAACAGCAGUAAAGACCAUCUUGUAAUUCAGAGUAGUGACCGUAUAGACCAGAGUGCUGUUCCACAGUGUUUAGUUUGGUAUCCUCCUCUUACUAAAGAAAGCUUUAUUUUUGUUGCCAACAAUGAGUACAAAAUGAAACUUUACAACGCAACUACUAAAAUGUGCAGAAAGACUCUCUUGGGGCCAACAUUUGGUUCUCCGAUAAGAAAAAUGGAAGUGUUUCCUUCUUCUAGUCAGGAUUCAGGAAAAGGCUACCUGGCAUAUAUUACAGAUGACAAGGUAGGACUUCAAAUUCUACCAGUUGAUGGCAACCCUCACAAAACAAUGGCUCUCAUUUGUCAUCCGGAUGGCGUAGCUAAUAUUGUUUGUUCAAGUGAUGGUCAGUAUGUGUUUACUGCUGGAGGAAAAGACUGUACAGUAAUAAUGUGGAAAACCAAUGUACAAUCUUUAGAAGCUGUUGCUUCACUUGGAGGAGAAGAUCUAAUUCCAUUCUAUGGAAUGUUACCAAACGGAAGAGAUGGAGCAUUAUUUAAGGAGCUGGAAGAUUACUUUUACUAUGCACAACUGCGUAACCAGGGUAUUGAUACAAUGGAGACCAGACAAGUUUCGACUCAUAUUCCCUUGAAAGAAGUUCCUUUCGUCAUGCGAGCACUGGGAUACUAUCCAACAGAGCAAGAGGUGGAAAAUAUGCUGAAUGAAGUGAAAUUUAGUGAAUAUGUAAAUACUGGACGGCAAGUCACGCACAUUAACCUGGGUGACUUCAUAAAGCUUUACAUCAAUCACAGACCUGCCUUUGGAUUAAGUUUGCAAGAGCUACAACAAGCUUUUCAAGUUCUUGGUUUCACUAAGGAGAACGGGGAGCAGGCUAUAAACAGAGGACACUUAUUGCAGCUGCUACAGACAAGAGGAGAACAUAUGACAGAAGAAGAACUUGCAGAUUAUCUCAGCACCUUGUUAGGGCUAAACCCAGAAGGAGGAAGUUCUGAAUUGGGAAGCUCCUACAGUACAGGUAUGGCAGAACUGCUUGAACAGGAAAUACCAGAGGAAAUCACAACACAUAUGUUGGCUGCAGAUAUUCUUGGUUUACCAGUGAGUGGAUCUGACGAUAAUGGAGAAUGCUCACAAAACCCAGAGGUUGCAGUUUGUUAGCUGUUAUCCGAUAUGUCUUUUUAAUGUCAAUGGUACACAAAACGAACACUUAUCAAGUACAUGUACAGGCAAUGCAUCAUUAUUACUUGUGUAAAUUAUAUUACAAAUACAGAAAGCAGA